UAUUUAUAUAUUUAGGCAGUGAAUAUUGGCACUUCAGUACUUCUGCUUUAUGCAGAAGAGGAAGAAGCUUUCUGGAAGCUGUGUGUAAACGCAUGCUACCUCACCGUGACAACACAAGAGUAGCUGGUGUGUUAUGAAGAAGAGAAUCAUAGUAUAACCUGGGUUGGAAGGGAGCCAUAAGGAUCAACAAUUUGGUAUGACUUAUACUGAAACAAAUAUGUGUGGAUCCAUGUGUGGCACAGGAAUGGUUGUGAAUGCGACAGCUUGCUCAGGGAGGAUGCAAAGCACUGCAGCCCUAUAAAAGGACACUCAGCCCCAGCUCAGCUGAGGGAGGCAGAAACCAUCCGGAAACAAGGAGGGCUCGAGGUGCGAAGCUGCGUCUGCUGGGCCUAGCAGGCAGGCCAGGCCGCAGCCUUGAGUAGGCCCAGGGCGUUGCCAUAGGAACCGCCCCGCGUUGCCAAGAGGUGGAGCGUCGUCAAGGCAACCGUCACUUCCGCCAAUCCGCGAGCGAGGCGUCGUCAUCGCAACAACGCUCCCCGCCCCCCCGGGGAAGCGGGGCGUCGCCAUGGAAACUACGCCAGGCACGCGCAGGGGGGCGGGGCGUCUCAUCGGACCGGAAGAGGAAACUGGCCCCGCCCCGGCACGGCCGGGCUGGAGGACUCUGCUUCCCGUGAGUCCCUGCGCUCGCUUCCGGCGGGGCGGUGGCGGCUGGGCCGGGAUGGAGGCCGUGCCCCGCAUGCCCAUGAUCUGGCUGGAUCUCAAGGAGGCCGGGGAGUUCGCUUUCAACGCCGCUGUUAAGAAGUUUGUCCUGAAGAACUAUGGGGAGAACCCAGAGAACUACAAUGAGGAGCUGCGGAAGCUGGAGGUGCUCCGGCAGAGUGCCGUCAACGUGCCCAGGGACUUCGAGGGCUGCAGCACACUGAGGAAAUACUUUGGCCAGCUCCACUACCUGCAAAGCCGGAUCCCCAUGGGCGCCGAGCAGGAGGCUGCAGUCCCCAUUGCAUGGACAGAGAUCUUUUCAGGCAAGACGGUGACUCAUGAGGACAUCAAGUAUGAGCAGGCUUGCAUCCUGUACAAUCUGGGUGCACUGCACUCCAUGCUGGGCGCCAUGGACAAGAGAGUGUCUGAGGAGGGCAUGAAGGUUUCGUGCACCCAUUUCCAGUGUGCUGCUGGUGCCUUUACCUACCUGCGGGACCACUUCCCCCACUCCUACAGUGUAGACAUGAGCCACCAGAUCCUCAACCUCAACAUCAACCUCAUGCUGGGUCAGGCACAGGAGUGUCUGCUAGAGAAGUCCAUGCUGGACAACAGGAAGAGUUUCCUCGUGGCCCGGAUCAGCGCUCAGGUGGUGGAUUACUACAAAGAGGCCUGCCGGGCCUUGGAGAACUCGGAGACAGCCUCACUGCUGGGAAAGAUCCAGAAGGACUGGAAGAAGCUGGUUCAAAUGAAGAUCUACUAUUUUGCUGCUGUGGCCCAUCUGCACAUGGGAAAACAGGCUGAAGAGCAGCAGAAGUUUGGGGAAAGGGUAAUCUACUUCCAGAGUGCACUGGAUAAACUCAAUGAAGCUAUCAAGCUGGCAAAGGGACAGCCAGAAACUGUCCAGGAAGCCCUGAGAUUCACCAUGGAUGUGAUCGGUGGCAAGUACAACUCAGCUAAAAAAGACAACGACUUCAUCUACCAUGAAGCUGUGCCUGCCUUGGACACUCUGCAGUCUGUGAAAGGUGCUCCACUGGUGAAAGCCCUCCCUGUCAACCCCACAGACCCUGCUGUCACUGGCCCUGAUAUCUUUGCCAAGCUGGUGCCCAUGGCUGCCCACGAGGCUUCUUCACUGUACAGUGAGGAGAAGGCCAAACUGCUGAGAGACGUAAUGGCAAAGAUUGAAGCCAAGAACGAAGUGCUGGACCAGUUCAUGGACUCCAUGCAGCUGGACCCUGAGACAGUAGACAACCUGGACAUGUACAGCCACAUCCCCCCCAUCCUGAUGGAGAAGUGUGCUGCGCUCAGUGUGCGUCCCGACACCGUCAAGAACCUCGUCCAGUCCAUGCAGGUGCUCUCUGGGGUGUUCACUGACGUGGAGGCCUCGCUGAAGGAGAUCCGAGACCUGCUUGAGGAGGAUGAGGCACAGGAGCGAAAGCUGCAGGAGCUACUGGGGAAGGGCUCAGUGCCACAGGGCUCCCCGCCACCACCAUCCUCCACAGGGCUGGCUGAGGUCAGCAAGGAGUGCUCCAAGUACAUGGAGGUACACGAGAAGGCCAGCUUCACCAACACAGAGCUGCACAAAGCCAUGAACCUGCACAUUGGCAACCUCCGCCUGCUCAGCGGGCCGCUGGAACAGGUCCGGGCUGCGCUGCCCUCACCCACGCUGAGCGAAGAUGACAAACAGGUGCUGCAAAACCUGAAGAAAAUCCUGGGCAAGGUGCAGGAGAUGAGGGACCAGCGGAUGUCCCUGGAGCAGCAGCUGCGUGAGAUGAUUCAGAAGGACGAUAUCACCACCUCACUGGUCACCACUGAUCGCUCUGAGAUGAAGAAACUCUUUGAGGAGCAGCUGAAGAAGUAUGACCAGAUCAAGGUAUACCUGGAGCAGAAUCUGGCUGCACAGGAGAACAUCCUGAAGGCCCUGACAGAUGCCAAUGUCAAAUACGCAGCUGUGCGCAAGGCCCUGGCAGAGGUGGAGCACAAGUGGAACACCACUGUUCAGACCUUGGUGGCCUCCUACGAAGCCUAUGAGGACCUGAUGAAGAAAUCCCAGGAGGGGAAAGACUUCUACACCGACUUGGAGGGGAAAGCUGCGAAGCUGCUGGAGAAGGCGCGAGCAGCAUGCCAGGCUGCUGAAGCCAACAGGCAGCAGAUCUUGGAGAAGGAAAUGAAGAAGCACCCACCCCCUCGUCCCACAGCCCCCAAACCCUCCUUGCAGAAGAAGCCAUUGGAGCUGGAAGCCGAGGGGCCAGAGGUGGGCGACCUCCCCUCGCUGGGCUCCCUGGCCUUGGCCGACCUGCCCGAGGACCUGCGCAGCCUCCCCCCCGAUGUCCUGGCCGCACAUCUGGCCCGCCUGCCGCCCGCCACGCUGGCCGCACUCGCUCUCGACCCCGCUCUGCCUGCGGGGCUGCGGCCCCCCGGCCCCGACCUCUUCGCCCCCAGGCUGGCGAGCGCACCGCUGCAGCCCGGCCAGCCCUUCGCCCCGCCGCGCUUCCCCGCCCUCCCCGGGCAUUACGGGCUGCCGCCGGCGCCCGCUGCCGGCCCAGCUCCCUUUCCCCACGUCUCCGGAGCUCCGGUUCUGCCGGCGCAGCUCCUGCAACCCUCCGCCCCCCAGGCGAGCGGGCCGCCCCCCAGCUCAGCCCCUUCCUCUGCCCCUCAGCUCUUCCCGGCCGCUUCCCUGCUGCGGGGUGCGGUGCAGCCCGGGGCGGCGUUGGCGCAGCCCGGUUACGCGGUGCCCCACCUGCUUCCCCCGCGCUCAUCCCCGCAGCACGGCCCCGCCGCGGCUCCCGCUGCCUCCUACGGCCUGGGCCAACCGGGGCUGCCCCCGCCCGGCCCCGUCAGACCCCCGGCCGUGGGUCCGACCCCCGUGGCUGUCCCCGAGCAAAGCCCGGCCGCCCGCCCGGCCACCACCACCGUGGACAGCGUGCAGGCGCCCAUCUCCAGCUGCGCGGUCCCUCCGCGGCUCCCCGGGCCGGCGGUGCCCCCCGGGGGGGGCUUCGUAGCCCCGCAGCGCCCGGGCGGCCCCGCCGCCUCCUUCCCCCCCUAUGCCCAGACGGGGCUGCAGCCGCCAUUCGGGCACUCGGCUCCGUUCCCUCCGGCGCAGCCCCCCGCCGCCUUCCCUCCCCCCGCGGACAUCCCGGUUCGCCCCCAGGCCGUCGCUGCCCCGCAGCCGUUCCCUCCCUCAGCAGCCGCUCCCUUCCUCCCUCCGGCCCGCCCGCAGGUCUCGCUGCCCUUUCAGCCCCCGGCCCGGCCCCCGUUGCCCCACCAGACCCCUUUUGCCCAGCAGCCCUUCUCCGGCCCCGUAGGGCAGCUGCCUCCCGGGCAGCCCCCGCUGCGGCCCCAGCUCUACCCGCUGCCCCCCGGGCAGGACAAACUGCCUCCCCCCGGGCUCCCCCCGCACGGCGGGUCCCUCCCGUUCGGCUCGGCGGUGCCCGGACAGAGCGGCCCUAUGGCGCAGCCCAUACACGGCGCUCUGCAGCCCGUGCCCGGCGGCUCCCCGGCUCUGCCCUUCUGUCCCAGCCCCGCUCCGUGCCACCCCGCCGCCCCCAUGAGACCCCCGCAGCCCUCCCCCGCCCCAUCUCCUGGCCCCGUCCUCAGCCACGUUCAGGGCCCCGUGGUGGUGCAGUGCCCUCUCGUCCCCUCCCCGGCCCCGUCCCCGCAGCCUCCCGUGCAGCCUCCGCCGUUGGUGCCCGGCGCGGUGCCUCACAGACCCCCGCCGUCGCUGACCCCCGCGCCGGGCACAGCCGAGACCGCCUUCCAGCGCCAGAGCUCCUCCACCGACGACCUCCUGUCCUCCAGCCCCGAGAGCCAACACGGCGGCUCCAAGGCGGCCGUGGGGCAACCCCUAUUGCAGCCCACCAAGGCGGACGCCAAGGAGGGUCAGAAGCCCAAAGCGGUGCAGCUGAUCGAGAACGAUCCCUACGAGAAACCCGAGCGCGUUUUGCGGCUGCGGGCUGAGCUGGAGCGCUUCCGAGCGCUGCUGCAGCGCCUGGAGCAGACGGAGCCCGGCGGUACCGCGGAGCUGGACGCGCUCUGGAAGGAGCUGCAGGACGCCCAGGAGCGCGACGCCCGGCAGCUCUCCAUCGCCAUCGCCCGCUGCUAUUCCAUGAAGAACCGACACCAGGACAUCAUGCCCUACGACAGGAACCGCGUGGUGCUCCGCUCGGGCAAAGACGACUACAUCAACGCCAGCAGGGUGGAGGAUCUGUCCCCGUACUGCCCAACCAUCAUCGCCACGCAGGCGCCGCUGCUCGGCACCGCCGCCGACUUUUGGCUCAUGAUCUACGAGCAGAAAGUGUCCGUGAUUGUCAUGCUCGUGUCGGAGCAGGAGCUGGAGAAGCAAAAGGUGCUGCGGUAUUUCCCGACGGAGCGGGGCCAGCCGGUGGUGCAGGGUCCCAUCACUCUCGUCCUCAGCAGCGUGAAGGCGGCCCCGACCCACGUGGAGCGGAUGAUAACGCUGCAGUAUCGCGAUCAGAGCCUGAAGCGCACUGUCAUCCAUCUGCAGUUCACCUCCUGGCCAGAGCUGGGUCUGCCCGACAGCAAGGCGAGCCUGCUGCGCUUCAUCCAGGACGUGCACGGCCACUACCUGCACCAGCGCCCGCUGCACACCCCCAUCGUCGUGCACUGCAGCUCCGGCGUGGGCCGCACCGGCGCGUUCUGCCUGCUGUACGCUGCCGUGCAGGAGGUGGAGGCGGGGAACGGCAUCCCUGAGCUGGCGCAGCUGGUGAGACGCAUGCGGCAGCAGCGCAAACACAUGCUGCAGGAAAAGCUGCACCUGAAGUUCUGCUACGAGGCCGUCCUGCAGCACGCCGAGCAGCUGCUGCACCGCCACGGGGUGGGCGCCCCAGUCAUCCCCAAAGCCAACAGCGCGUCCCCAAAGCUCUACUUCCAGCAGGACCCGCAGGAUCUGGUGCUGGGCGGCGAUGUGCCCAUCAGCUCCAUCCAGGCCACCAUCGCCAAGCUGAGCAUCAAAGCUCCAGGCGGGGGGGAGGGAGGGGUGGGCUGGGGGCCGGAGGUCGCCCCUGUGCCCAACGCUGCCGCCGUGGAGGCUGUGCCACUGCUGCCUGACGCUGUGACGGACGGAGGGACGGGGACGGACGGAGUGACGGCUGCGGAUGGUGUCUGUGCACCCAACCCUGAGCCGGUGCCAGAGCCGCCGGGUGUCGCCGAGAGCAGCAACCACGUGGAGGAGGUCCCACCGCCAACCCCCGCUGCCCCCCCGGCGCCCACCUCCUCACUGGAGCUCCUCGCCUCGCUCACACCCGAGGCUUUCACGUUGGACGCGUCGCUGAAGGGCAAACAGCGCAUGAACAAACAGAACUUCCUGCAGGCGCAGACGGGCGAAGGGCUGCGGGCACCCCGGCCCAGCGAUGACCCGCUCAGCAUGCUCGACCCCCUCUGGACACUCAACAAGAGCUGAGGGGUGGCUCAGCCCACCCCCCCAGCAGCACUACAGCCCCCAGCUCUGUGGGGCACGGUGGGGCACGGCCUCCCCCCACCCUCUGCUUUGUGCAGCGUCACACGGGCGCUCAGCGCGGCCUUUCACUCUGAGCAGAACUGACUUUUUCAGCUCUUUGCUACUAAAAUAAAAGAGAGUUUGAUCUGGCA